AAGGGGCGCAUAAAUAUUACAGUUUGUGUGACAUCUGGCAGCAUCGUAGCUGGAACAGCAGCAAUUGUGCAGAAGUUUUCGAAAACGCGUGAAGUGAAGAUACCGGCGAGGGGCAAGAUUGAUAAUAUGAUGGAAAAAAUGUUGGCGUAGCGUACUCGUCAAGAUCAGUCCAUUAAACGUCGCUCUAAUGGCGCCACUGAGAAACAUGCGUGUCCUUUAAGCCAACCAGCCAAUUAUAUUUUAAAUGCAGUCCUGCUGUUUCGGAGAUGUGAAUGAAAUGGACCCGACUGUCAGGGAAUUGUUACGUCCAUGGCGAACGGCGAGAGAGUAGGGAAGCAGAAGAAGAAGAAGGGGCAGGCAAGGCACCAUGUGGAACCCGGAAAUGGCGAUGCUUUUGCUCCCGCUAAAAUUCCACCAUUUAUGCAUUUAAGAUCCCUUGCGCAUGCCGGCCCCGCCACGCUUUAACCGCCUUUUAUCUUUUCCUCUAUAAAUUCUCUCCCGCCUAUUUUUAUUUUCGUUUUCGUCUUCUCUUUUCCCGACCUGGCUCAACAACUUUUGCUGAUUCUUGUUCGCGUGAAAUAAUGAUCGCCCGCGCCAAAGGUUAGUUUACGGACAAUAAUAUUUACUGAAAUUCAUUACGUUCAGGAAAGGAAGCUCGGAUUGCCAGACGUGUAAGGUGCAGAUUCGUCCCAGGGAGUUUGGAAUGCAUUGCAGAGAGUUUGGAGUCCAUGGACAAGAAAUUUGAGCCUCUUUGGGCAAUUCUGGUCAUCGUACCUGCAAUUUGUUUUGGUAGGUAUGUAGGCAACCUUUUCGGAUGGAAGAGCAGGAGAUCGAAUUGCCUUUGUAAAUGUUUGAUGGAAUCGUUUUUGUAAUGUGCGUCUCUUUGGUAGGGUUUUACGAAGUUUUCCAAAGCAGAGGGAAUUUCUGAGAUUGAUCGUCGAGCAUGAAGUCGUGGAAAUGCCGGUGUUGUACAAUUCUGUGUCUAAUUCUCGUUCUUCGAAAAAUUGAUGUUGUCUGAAAUUUCUGCCGAUUGUAUUAUCUCCGGUGCCAAGGAUUGAUUAGUGGCAACAUAUAGCAAUCUUCGUUACACUUACAAUAUAUUUAGUUGCGUCCGUUGGUUAAGGGUUUAUGCGUAAUUUGAAGAGGGAGUUUAUCAAAGGAAAGGGGAGUUAAUGACCGAAGCCAGCAGCAGAAGCAGGUUGCCUUCUCAUGGUGUGGGACAGAGGCUUCGAGAGUGAGGUCAAACCUGCGUUGCAUUUGCCCCAAUUUGGAGGCUACCAGGAGAACAAUGAGCUGAAACUGUAACAAUCAUGGCUUCUUUGAGGAGAAAUGGUGGUUCUUGUAAGAUACGGAACUCUGCAAAGUAUACAAGAGACUCUUGGAGUUCUUCUUCCCCUGAAGGUCAGGAAUCAAGCAAGACAAAGAAGGAAGAUGAGGUCAUCAGUGUGAAAGAGACUAGUAGAAAAUGUCCUUUAACAAGAAAUAACACUUCUUUACCUAGAAAUGGAACUUAUCAGGGUCGCAGACAAUCUUUAAGUUUGCAGGAGAACAGUUCUUCUGGACCAGGGGAAACAAACAAGCUGAAGAUGGAAGAUGAAGUCAUGAAUACAAAGGAGAAUGGUAGAAAACGUCCCUUGACAAAAAGUAAGAGCGCUUUGUCAAGAAAUGGAACCAAUCAUGGUUACAGAGGAGCUUUAAGUUUGCAGGAGAACAGUGAUACUGUGUUUAGAGAGAUAAAUUCCUGUUGUGACAAAGACAGUUCAGUGUAUCUGUUGGAUACUAGUGUUGUUCAGCCCAGUGGAACAAAAUCUCAUUAUCAAAGCAGAGGAUUGUUAAAGGUUUUGGAAAAGAACACUGUUUCUGCUAGAAGCCCCAUCUUUCAAUGCCAUAAUGGAAGAUUGCCAAGUUCAAAACUAAAGUCUUCAUAUUCAAUAGAGAAUUCAACAAUUGUUACCAAUAAGGCUUCUAAAAUCCCAUUUUUGAAUUCUUCACAGCUAAGAAUGGACACUUCUGAAUCAGUUGUAGAUAAGACAAAGAAGCAGAGGGUUGGCCAGCUAAAUGAAGAAAAAUAUUCUUCUAAUCCAAGCUCUCUAAGUGAUUCAUCUGUUCGCAGUGACGAUCUUGAGUUUGAUCUUAUCAGUUCUAUCAGUUCAGGAAUGUGUGAGCAAGAAUUACAAGAUUUAAAUUUGCUCCCUGAUGAAUUCUCGCUAGAGAAGUGGGUUGGUGCUCCUUUAGUUACGCGAGAAAAAUCCCAAACAGUUGCUGAUGGAGAAUUUCAAGCCUUUGAUGGGUCCAGAUACACUCCAAUUCAAGAGGCUUCUCUUGUUUUUAAUAGCUCCAUUGCAGGUGCAUGUGCAAGUGUGGCUGAUGAAGAAGCAGAAACUUCAUCUGAAGACAUUGAUCUGUUUGAGAAAUUGCAGGCUCUAGAGAUGUCAGGAGAUGCAUGUACAGAGAUUCUUCAGAUACAGGAUGGCAAUGUAGACUCAAUGCUAGCACUGGAAUUCAGCUUUGCACAAUUUUGUGAUCCAUGGGCUAAGGAUGUAAUGAGCACUUCAGAGGAAUGGGCCUCAGAUGACAAAUUCACCUUGGAGGGAAGUACUUCUGGAGAUUCAUGCCUUACUUGCAGUUCUUUUGAGAGCCUUCCAACACAAAAUAAUCUGUCCCCUUGCCUGGGGGAGAUGCAGUAUCUGUUCCACCAUCAGGAGUGUGAUGGCAUGACAUCAUGUGAAUUUGAGCAGUGCAUUCAUGGAGAGAUCUCAAGUAGACCGAGCUCAAUGUUUUUUGAAGAUGAAGCUAAUAAAAUUGCUGAUCAACUGGUUGCUUCAGCAACACAAUCCUCAGAGAAUUCAAAUUCUGCCUCAGUUGAUGAGGAAAGCAUCUCAAUUUUUGCAUUGGAGCAUUCUAUGAUGCAGACAGAUGAACUUAAUGUCUUCAGAAAUGAAGAAUUACUCUUCUUGCCCGUUACUCUGAAUUCACAUUUGUAUGAAGAGAACAAUUUGGAAAGUUCACUUGGUAAUAUGGGAUCUGGUGCUGGUCAACCGAAGAUUGAAAAACAAACCUCUUAUAAGGAUAAAUUAUAUGAUCUAAAAAAGGAAUACUCAACAAUGCCAAGGAGAAAUGCCAGAUCUAUUGAAGACUUUGUACAUGAUGCCAUAUCUGCAGAGUCUAAAUACAGGGAACAAGUAUUGUUUUCCACCACUGGCUCCAAUGUUAAUUCCAAUGCGUGUAUGAAAUCAGUAAAUGAUAGAUUGAAGUUAACAAGUGAGACAUUUUUCAACUUCCCAGAGCUGCAAACAAGGUGCUUUAAAACCAGUGAGGACUCAAUUGAGGUUCUUGUUGGUAUGAAAGAAUUUGAUGGCCAAGAAGGCCUUCAAGGGCCUACAUUUGAAGUUACAUCUUCACUCUGUGAAUCUGAUGCUAGAGAGAACUUUUCCAAUGCUGAUUGCUCAUCUGUUCUGCAUGUUUUAGCGAAUAAAGAGUCUGUUCAUGAAAAGGCUGAAAUGAUUGGUGAAAGCAUAUGCUCCAAAAAUCUAAGUGGUAGUCUGAAUAAAGAGUGUGGUUUAGAUUCAUUUACAUCUUCAGAGGCAACUGAAACAAAUGUUAGUUACAAUGCUCCUUUAAUACCGUCCAAGCCAGCUGUGCUCAUUUUUGGAGGGGAUCAAGUUGUGGAUCCAAAAGAUUCUUGGCUACAAAAGUAUGGAAAGCAAAAACAUAACAACAGAGAAUAUUCAGGAAGUGAUGAAAAGAUUCAUUCUUGUGUAAAUUUUAAUUCGAGGUUCAACGGCAAUCUGUCAUUUGUGAAUCUCAAACAAAAAAGCAUUCUGAAGGAUAUCUGUCAAACUUCUAGCAUGGAAAACGGCAAAAGUGAGUCAGAUAAAAACAGUCAGAGGCAAAAGGCAUAUCUACUUGAGCAGGAGAAUGGAGUUGAAGAUCAUAAAAGAAGAGUGGCACGUGAGUCUGGUUUGACAAUUGGUAAUUCUGGAAAUCAUAUGCCAAGAGAGAAUCAACAUAACUGCCCAAAAUCCUUGAAUUGCUUUUCUGUAUCACCUUCCAAUUGGCUGGUAAAAAUUGGAUGUUGCUUGGCGCCCUACAAAAAUGACUUUAGUGCAUUGUACUUGAUGACGGAAUUGCAUCAGAAACAAGCUUUCACUUCAGACAUAUUUUCUUGUAGUAUGCCUAGUAUUAAACCUGCAUAUUUGGAAAAAGAUAUUCACUUUGCAGUGGAAACUUGCACCUCAUUUAGAUAUUAUUCAGGCUUUGAACACAAUUCUUGUACAGGGAAAUUUGAUAUUAUUCCCAUCCAGGUUAGAGAAUGUGGUGGUUGGACUCAUGAUCUAGAAAAAUACAUUGGACAAUUUCAACAUUUGAAGAAAAUAGGUUGUGAGAGUGUUCCAAGAAACCUCAUAUCUAUAAAAACAGAAAACAAAGAAAUGUUUGAAGGUCACAAUAUAAGAAUCUUUCUGGGUGUAAAUUUCCAUGUUUCAUCUUGUUUCUUGGUUUAUGUAAAUGCUUAUGGGAAGGAUGAUUAUUAUUCAGAUCAAAGUCUUCAUGAACAUUUUAUUGAUUCAAGUUACAAAGAGGCAGUUGAAUAUCUAAGAAAAUGUAAGCUGGGCAAGUAUCCAUUGCAGUUCAUUUAUGACAGAAAUAAAAUGAAGCUUUGCCAUGCAGAACAUGUGCAGAAUGUGAAUGAUGCUACAAAAACUGAUUUUUUCGAGCUUGGUGAUGAUCCUAGUUACAUAAUUAUAAGCUGCACACAGUGUGAUGAUGGUUAUAUUCCAGAAUUAUUAGGUCCUUUAGAACUGCAUGAAGAUUUGUCAUCUAGUGAUCAAAUUGAAAUUCAGGACUGCCAGUUGAAUUGCCUACAAAUCUGGGAAUCUGAUAGUACUAAAGAGGUGGAUUUUAUUAACACUACAAGUUGUAAUGAUGUUGAAAUUCUUGACAAUAAUUUACGAGGGAUAAUGCAAUAUUCAGAGAACAGUGCAGGGAGCCUCAUUGAGCCGUCAUCAUGCGAGUGCUUUGGACUUCAUAUGUCUCAUGGUUGUGAAGAAUUUCAAGGCAUGCAGAUGAAGCCCAAGUAUAAAGCUACAAUAGACUCGCCAAACCAUGGUCAUGAUGAUUGGGACACUGUAGCUGGAGUCAACUAUGGGAAGAUGGACACGACCACAUGCUCUUCAGAGAAAGGAAGAACUAAAGAGACUAUUUCUUCUGGCUUGUUUGAUGGACUAAAGUGUAACAACAUAUCUUCACAAGACAAUUCAAUCGAUAUUCUUCAUGAGAGGAUGGGUGGAAUAGAAGUAGAGGAAAUUAAGAUCGUUACUCAUAUUCAUCAUAAUGAUAGUCCUAAUUUUGCUCCCAGACCUGUGAAUGUACCAUGCCUCGCUGGUUCAGAGGAUGUAUUAUUAAGUAGCCAUUGCCUGCUUGAAUCAGGAAAAAGGAAAGAACCAUUUGAGAACAACAGUCAAUAUAUAAAAGGUUUAUCUGAAAUGAGGGAGGAUGGGAUGGAGAAAAAGGUUCAAAUGUUGGAGUCAGAACUUCUGGAAGUAAAGAAGCAAAACCACAAGAUGCAAAGUUUAUUGAAGUGCAUCUUCAGGAGAACUGACAUAAUGCAACAAUGCUUGCAAGAUAGAAAGCGACGAUGGCACAAAAGGCAUUUGAUUUGCAAAUUUGCCAUCCGUUUGAGAAGGAAAAGAAAGAAGCAUCAAACGGAGGCCCUAGACUUUCAGAGAACCUCUUGCAAACCGUAUUUGUCAAAGAUAUGGUAAUGCAGAUUCAGAACUGCUCAUGAUGGGAUUUACAUUACUUGCUAGCGACCGUAUAAAAGGAAUGUUUUGAACAUUUACAUUUUCUUGCAAGUAACGAUGCACUGUAACAGAAGCCCAAGAGGAAUGCUCGAGUUUCAGUUGUGAAAACUGUCCUUGAGAGAAAUAUUGCAUAUUACUUGUGAGAACUCAGUACAAAACAGGUUCAUGGGAUGACAACUGAAGAUGAUCAUCAACAGUUCAAUUUGGAAGAAAUUAGUGGAAAGGCUUUUAAUGGGAAUCCGACAAUAAACGGACAUUUGCAAUCCAUUGCAGUCGAAAUUUGCUGAAGAGCAGGUUUCUACAAUUUUGUAAGAAUUUAGCUGCAUCAGGAAGUAGCAGGACUAAUGAUUUAGCAACCACAAUACGAGCAAAAGUAAUUUUCAGUUUGUUAAGGUAUAUUCUGUCAUACAAACUAUAACACCUGACGAAGGAUAGCAAACACUUAGAAGGCAAGUUUCUUUUUGGCUUGAACGAGGGUGAAUGACCUGUAGGAUAAGCACAAACUUUAUGCUGAGUCAGAAAUGGUAAACUGAAGGACCUGCUCCUAGUUUUAUCAAUUAAUGGCAGUGCUCGUACCAAAAGGGAUCCGCCUCCUUUGCCAUAUAGAAAGCACAUACUAAUGUAGUUUAUUCUUUAAUAGCUACAAAUAGAGAUAUCCAGCAAAUGCAUGUAAGCUGGAGAAUUUCUUUGGGUUCUCAGAGAUUUGGUAUUAGUAGGGCUGACGUGUCCAUGGUUAAUGUACUCUUCUUGUAAUCAACAUUAGGGCAUACUAGGGCAUGAGGACCUGAUUCUCACUAACAAAAUGAAAAUAAUAAAAUUCUUAUACAAAUAUAAUAACAUUCCCGUUCAA